AUGGGCCCCCGUGCGGAGGCAGCCCUCCAGCCGCUCCGAGGGCCGGCAGGGCAAGACUACGCAUUUUUCCCAGUUUACUCCGCCCCCACCCACCUCAAGAACUACGUCGAGAUCGGCAAGCGAGUGACGAACUGGAUAGAGCACACCACGGACGCACUAGGAGUCAGGACAAUGAUAGUGGUAGGAGGGGACCUCAACAGUGACAUGGGACUGCACCGCGACUCGGACGGCAUAGUGCAGGUAACAGACGAGGAGCAGGAGAGCAUCAGAGAGCAGCUGAAGGAGGUCACGGCAGUUUUGAAGCAGAUCAGGGAAACGCACGAGAAGCAGAGGAAGAAGCGGCUAGUGGAGGAGAUCUGGGAGGCACAUGAGAGGAGCGACUUUGCAGAAAUGCACCGGCUGCGAAUCCAGUACCAGAUGAACGGCAGAGAUCCCACCGCCCUGGACCAGCUGAUCUUCGCCCAGCCCGCGAUGGCGCCCCCCGCGCCAGCGGAGUGGCAGGUCGCAAAGCGAGGGCCCCAAGCCACAGGAGCCGCGGGGGCCGCCAAGAAGGGCGAGGGCAGCACGGGCAAGGGCGGAGCAGCCAGUGGCUCAGGAGGCGGCCGCGCACCUGCUGGGGGCGACUUAGACUUCGAGAACGAGGGCUACGACGACAAGCUCACCACGAUCCAGAAGCUGAGCUUGCGGAACAGCCAAGACAUCAGGGAGCUGUGCCGCGCGUCGACGGACUUCUGGCUCAUUCCAGUAGCCAGCCCACCAUUCAAGGCAGCGAUCGCAGCGGCCCGCACAUACGUCGAGGCGACGAACCACGCUCUCGGACUCCUCAUCGUGCAGGAGACCAUCCUCACUUUCAAGGUCGGGGAGACCUACGAGAAGGAGGAUCUGGACGAGACGGAGCGGAUGGGCAAGAUGCACUACACCUUGGCGCCCCAGCUCACGAUCGCGGCCAUCUUGCAGAAGAACGAGCCUGCAGAGCAGGUGCUCCUGGCCGCCAGGAACUACAGCCCCGUCAAGCUCAAGGAAGCGAUGACCACGGUGAGGACGUGGCGCCUCUGGUUCUCUGCGGUCCGAAACGUAAUCCGGAACGCUAGCAGCACUCUGCUCCCGGCCAGCAUGCCUACCACGACGCUGUUCCCAGUUGGCCCUGUCAAGUUUCGCCCUCUGUCUGUCCCGGAGCUUCCUGGCAGACAUUUGGUGGCCCAUCUGCUGGACAUCUCGGCGGUGCAGAUGAUCGUGGUAUUUCCCUGGCUUGCCACAGGUAUCCUGCUUGUUCUGCAGCUUCUGCAUGGCCCUGCGCUCGGUAGACAUGCUCAGAGCGCUGCAUUGGAGCUGCCGCUCUACGCCGCUGACGCGACGUGCUGGCGGAAGCGCCGCAAGCUGCUCUUCUGCUGUGAGCCCUGCUGGCGCGAAGGUCUGGCAGACGUCGUCGCGCUGGCACUCGUUGGUGGUGCUGUGGCUGGUUUGCAGGACGAGGUGAACGUAAGGGUACCAGAACGGAUAGGCUCGCAGGUCCAGGAAAACCAGCCGGAGCAGGUGCAGCAGGAGGUGCCCGGAAUGGGCCUACGCCUACGGGCGUGCUACGCGAACUAUCCAUUCCGGCAGCCGGGAAACCCAGGCACGCCGGUCCGGACGGAACGCUGGGCGACAGCAUCCUUGCACUUGUUAUUUGUAGUGCAACGGAAAAAGCGCAUGGACGAUGACAUCAUCGCCCUUGCGAUGGCCGCCCCCAUGGGGGACGCACGAGAGCAGAAAACGGCCAAGGAGAAACGCCUCGACGCGCUGCAGCGAGGCCGACAGACACGCAUUGAUAAUCUCCGAGCCAGACAGAAGGCGCUGUCCGAGGAGGAUACGCAGCAGCUGGCGAUCACGUCCUUGACUCAGCCUGCAUGCGUUGUCCCUGCAGCUGCUCGACGGAUGGCGUCUCGACCCGAGACAAGGCUCAAGGCGAUGAUGCAGCUGGCGUGUUCGCCCAAAAUUCGUGGGGGAAGCGCGGCCAUCGAGAGGGUGCGCCGUCUGCAAGAUCAGUCCGUUGCCAUCGUGGGCAAGCUGUGUCUAGACAGGCAGUUGCGCGGAUGGCAGAUGUGGCUUUCCAGGGCACCGCCAGCGGUUGCAGGCGCGCGCCUCUUCGCGAUUCGCGGGGUUUCAGCCAUGUGGGACGAGGCCUCGCAGUCGUCGCGGGCACUCCUGUUGCGGCGGAACUUGUGCCACGACCUCGGCCAGAGCCAGAAGACCGUCAAUGUGAUGGUCGUCCUUGGCGCAGCUUUCCAAGCGUUUGUUCAGCGGGGUAGCCUUCAGUCGAUCUCGGACGUCCAGCACCUUUUGCAGAUCGAGUGGCAGCCCUGGAUAUGUGCACCCCUAUUCUUGGAAAACACAACCGCCAAGCUGCUGUUCGAAGGAUUGCGAAAAUCUAUGCCCAUCGAGUUUGCCAACGCCAGGUCUUCGAUACUUUCAUUGGCGGGCGUAGCUGGUAUGCUAUAUUGUCUGAGUAAGAUGAUUGGAAUUGGCAAGAAUGUGAAUGCCCUCGCAGCCGCAAUCCACGACCACGUCAAAUCAAACAUUGUGAUCCGUUAUGGCGAGCCCGAGGGGCACCACCACGUAUUGCAGGCAGUGCUGGACGUGUUCGCUAUCGACGGGGAUCGCGGCUUGAUCUGGCAAGGCGGCUGCCUUGCCCGCUCCCGCAGGGCAACUGCAUUUCGCAGAGACCUAGAAGAGUUGUGCAAGAGGUCGUUGUUCGACAGAUCCGCGGGGGCAUGGGUGUACUAUGUUUCAGUGGCGCCCAGCUCGUCACACAGGCCUCGGGUCGACCUGGACGAGGCAGCGAAGUACAUUUCGGCGCCGCUGAUUAAGUGCUUGGUUGGUCGUAGGUGGGAGGUCGCUGCCCUCUCGCGGUGGACAGGUGUUAUGCGGUGUCUGAAGCGGGUUGUGUUGGGGGCAAUGUUCAACAACGUGCUGCCAUCAACUCUAUCAGCGCUGUCUUCCAACAUGGGCAUCACUGACGCGAAGCUGGAGAAAGAAAAGAAUGACAGCAUGGCCAGGAUUGCCAGAGGCGAAGAUGCGAACACCUUCACCCUCACCAACAUGACCAGGGUUAUGACAGUUUCCAAGUAUUUCAGGGACGCAACGAGCAGAUGGCAGAUUGGCGCACUACUGAUUGGAUGCGCUCAGAUCGAGAAGCUCCAUUGGCAAGUGCUUGGCAGCACCGCAGAGAACAGGCGCAAGGCGAACCUGACCGACCUGGUCGACCCGCAGGUGAGCAUCAUCGGUCAGUCCCAAGCCCAGCUGCUACGAUUGCUGCAAGAGUGGAACUUGUCAGACGCGAGUCCAUGGCGGCUGCUCGCUUUCCUUGGUUUGCAGGAUCUUCGUGCCGCAGAUGUCCAAGCUUACUCGAGGAGCCUGGUGCUAUCGGUCAGUUGCAGUCUGUUCCAGCGUCUAGAGGCCCUCGUGGGAGCGACCACCGCGUUGACGCCGAAUGUUCGGCAUGCUACCUGGCCCUACAAGCUGCAGUGGCUCAUAUCUCCGAACGUUUCUGAUGGAGACAGGGCGGGCGCUAUCCAGGAGUUCCUCGAUGCGAAUGACUGCUGCAUCGGGCCUUUUGGGCGCACGUUCAGGCGUCGCUUCCCCUCGCGCAGCGCGCUGCUCAGCCGCGAGGCUGCGGCGGCGAUAUUGUUCUGGCAGAGGGAGCUGUUGUUCACGACGGCCCCCGCCGAGUGCGAGCACAAGGCGAUGAAGGGGGAGAUGGCGACCAGCACCACGGGGUUGGCGCAUAGCCCAGUUGUUUGGCGGGCAGUGUGUCGGCACUUGGGGAAGGCCCACGAGAUCAGGGGCGGGUCGUCGUGCUCGUUGCCGCUCCGACGCUCUGUUCCAGAGGCGCAGGCCGUGCUCGGCCAAGAGAGGGGCAUGCCCAUCUGCGACUGCGCGGGUCCGCGCGCCGAUCCCCUUCAGCUGGAUGGCCGCCCUGCAGAUGCGGCGGGGGACGGCGAUUCGGCCGACGACGGCGACCAGCGCGACGGCGUCGACUUGGAGGAGCUAGUCAAGGGCGGCAACCCGAAGAUGGCCUACUCGAACCGCCAAGUCCGCUUGAGGAGGGAGUUCUUCAAUCGACCAAUGACGAGAGACGAGGUCACGGCUGAGCAUUUAAGAAACGGCAAGGAGUACGACGAUGACCCGUCCAUAGGUGCGCGGUGGACUGCGCUCUUCGCCGCGCGGCAGCGGCAACGCAAGCGACUGUCCCAGGCGCCAUCGGGGCUCCCAUCAUCGGCGACGCCAGAGGAGAUGCCCAGGCAGCCAGUGUGGCCAGAAAGCUUACAUGAUGGCGACGCCGUCGAGGACGCCCCUAUCGCCUCCACAGUGCUCGCGAAUUACCAUAGCUCACUCAGCGUGGAUGGCAUCGAGAAGCUAGCAACCGACGCGAAGCCGUUCACUGUGCAGGAGGAUGGCUUACAAGAGCACGUCGCAUCACAGGAGACGCUGUGGGGCUGCGGCGGCGAGUGGCGCAACGUUUGCACCAAGCUGCUGGCGCAGCGCCGCUUGUUGCGCAAGUUCGACGUCGCCAAGGCUUCUGUAGAAGCGCUGGUCGAUUCCAUAGACAAGAGUACCAUCAAAACCAAGGAUUGCUUGUUCCACUUCUCCUCGAAGCGGGUGGUCGGCGACGGCAGGAUUCUGCACGCGUGGGCCAUCAUCAAAUGUCCGAUGUACAGCCCGAAGGUUCAGUGCUUCGUCAGGUGCCGCCCAGUUUCGGCGGUUGGUGCUGAUGCCGUGGAGGGUGGAUUUGCGACUCGGGCCCCUGCAGCGUACCCGUACAAGCUGAAGAUCCUGCAGUCCAAGAGCCGCCUCUGUUCGCAGUCGGUGGUGAACCCCUCCGUCGUCGUGGACAAGGAGACGUCAGAUGAAUUCGUGAGGAGGCUGCUCUGUCGGACGUCGCGGCGAGUUGCGCGAGUAAACUACGACGAGGCAGUGGACGACGACCUGCUGCACGUCGUGGUCACGGGCCAGGGGGCAGCGACCGACCUGGCCCCGAAAGAGGGCAAGCGCGUCGCGUCGGCAGACGCGGCCGUGGACCUCAAGCUUGCCCCGACUGGCUCGGCGAUUCUGAGCGGCAUCAUGUCCGCGGAAGGAGCAGGGGCGGGCGCAGCGGCGGCAGCCAGCCCGCCUGCCAUCCUCGAUGGAGGGGGGCACGCUGACGGCGGCUUGGGAGACGGUCUCGACCAGCUGAUGGCCGACUACCUGGAUGAGCAUUUGCACGGGGAUGUCGCGGGGGCCAUGGAGUUUAUCGAUGAUAACCUUGCUGGUGAUAUCGCCGAAGCGGAGGCCGACGCCGACGACGCCGACGAUUUCGGCAUGGGCGAACCCGAACCCGAGGGCGAGGGGGAGGGCCUCCAUCAUCACGGCGAGGGCGGCCCUGGCCCAGACCCAGAAUGCCCAGGGCGCCGCGACGCAUUGGUCGUCGCAGCCGCCGACGCUGCUGCUGCACUCGGGGGCGCGCCCUUGCCUGUGGCGCCGCUGGCCGCCGAGCCAGGUGGCGCGGGCGCUGCGCCUUACCACGUGGACGUGCUGGGGGUGGUGACGGGGUUGGCGCCGCCUCACAGUGGAGUCCCAACUUGUGGCUUCGCCGGUUACAGAGGCGACCGCACCAACAUCUUUGCUAACUGCCACUUGCACCCGAAGUGCAGCGUCAGCGCUGGCAUCAUGAGGCACCACGUGCCGAUGAAGUACAUGGCGGAGUGGCUGAUGCUCGGCGAGGUGGUGGACAGGGAUCUCCCCAUGGAGGAGCGGAUGGCCGCGGGCGCCCGCCACCGAGCACUUUGGGUCAGGCCGUACUGA